AUGAACGGUAAUGAUAUGCCCAUCAAACAAGAGGGCGUGGGAGCACCCGCCGGUGUAUGGACGACCCCGACGUCUCAAGGCAUGCGGCCUCGACCUGCGACCAUCCACGAGGGCUUCUCUUACAGUAUGAGCGACGACUACGGCACACUUCCAUCAUGGGAUUCAUCGCCUCUUCCCAUGCAGCAAACCCCAAGCGACGCCAUGUCCCGCCCCGUCUCGGUCCAUCAACAAGACUUCUAUCCCGUGACCACGAUGGAGAACACCUGGCAACAAAAGCCUUGCGAGGACAACUUUGAGUUCCAAGGAUUGGACACAGAGAUGAUUGGGCAGGCUUACACGACUGACGAGGCCAUUCCCGUUCUCGAUCUGAGGUACGGCCAACAGAAUGACAGCGAGUUCAACUUCGACUGCGGUCCCAACCCGAGACGCAUGUCUGGAUCAUCAUUCACCAUGUCGACGUCGGGCGCUCUGUCCGACAUGCCAUCGUACGAAGACUUCUCUGCCGCUCUAUCGGAAGCGCCGUCAUUCAGCUCAGACUACCCGCCUCCAUCAAACCGCAACUCCUUGAUGUCGUCGACGCAACUGUCUCCCGUGGCAUCCCCGCGAAUGACGCCUCAAAGCCGAUCUGAACUCGUCAGGACACAGAGCCGCGGUCGAGCCUCGCCGUCACCCCGCCCGGGCAUGCGAUCGGCCCCGUACAGCGUUGAGCGUGGAACGACCAAGAGAUGGUCGACUGGAUCAUACGGAACCCAGCAGCAAAACCGUAACCGUCAGACCCCGUUCGUCUUCCAUCCUGGCCACGAUGCGUUUGGUGCGCACCAGCGAAUGUCUUCGAGACACUCUUCGCCCACAAUCCAACACAACCAGGUCCCUCUGAACUUCACCAACCUGCAAGCCGCUCAGCAGCACCCCUUCAUGAUGGCUGGCCCGCCGCAAUUCCAGAGAAACAGCAUGAACAGCAUGCUUCUUCCGUCUCAAUUGCCGUCCAACGGAUUCCCGCAUCCCGAUGCUCAUCACUUCGAGGCUCCGCCUCCGCUGCUGUCUCAUGGACUCUUCCGCAUGCUUCAGUCCAACGCCGACCCGCACUCCCUACACAGCCAUUAUACCGACUUGUCUGACCCGCCCGACCUGUUCGCUUCCCUUCACGAGGAGCAGGUGCCGCCGCCUCCCGAGGACAUGAACCCUUCCGAUCCUGAUCUCGUCCCCCACGAGCAGGAACUUCGCUUCGAGGGCGAUCUCUACACGCCUAGAUGGGUUCGCGGCCACGGCAACAAGCGCGAAGGAUGGUGCGGUAUUUGCAAGCCCGGUCGCUGGUUGGUCCUCAAGAACUCGGCUUUCUGGUACGACAAGUCUUUCACCCACGGCAUCAGCGCCGCGACGGGCAACCCGUUCCAGGAGCCUCAGGAGACCAGAAGAAUGGACGGCAAUCCCGACGUGUGGGAAGGACUUUGCGGAAGCUGCAACGACUGGAUUGCGCUCGUCAGCAGCAAGAAGAAGGGUACUACAUGGUUCAGACAUGCGUACAAGUGCCACACUCACCCCAAGAUCAAGGACGCACCUAAGCGUCGCCGGGAAAGCAGCCACAACCGCAACUUGGCUGCGUCGCAGAUGGCCAAGCCUAAGGUCGAGCCCCAACAGCCUCCUCCCAUGCCACAGCAAACCCCGAUCACGCCUCAGUCAGCCGUCUCCGUCACGAGCACGCCGACGUCAGCGCAGAUGCAGCAUCAACAACAACACCUUCAACAGGUGCCUCCGAUGCCGCAGAUGAGCCAAGGGCAAAUGCAAGGCCAACAGAGGGGCGUCAUUAACCCCAUGGAAGGCAUGCCAGGCAUGAUCUAG